CUGUUUGCACCGACUGCUGGCCCGCCUCUGUAAAAUGAUCAGUACAGUUCACACGCUGGUAGCUGCAUCCUCCACACUCUUUCACUUGGUUAGAGGAAGCAAUGAAGGGCAUACUUGUACUGCUGGUUCUCUUGAAUACCCUAACUACCAAGGUCUGCUCUCAGCCCUAUCAGGCAGACUCAGAUAGAAAGUGCCGCGAUGAAAGAACAGAGUAUGUACCAGAUGAUUCUGACCUGUGCUGCAAGAAAUGCCCCCCUGGAGCACGAAUGAUACAAACAUGCUCUGAAUCGAGCGAUACGGUGUGUGAACCCUGUCCGAAGGGACAGUACCUGGAGGGCUGGAACUUCUCCCCAAACUGCUUGUCCUGUAUCAAAUGCAAAUCAAAUAAAGGUCUGCAGUAUGAACAGACCUGCACCUCUACCUCAAAGUCCAAGUGUGGAUGCCAGCCAGGGAAGUACUGCAUCAUGGGAUAUGAUGGCCGGUCCUGCGGAGAAUGUAGCAAGUACAGGGUAUGCCUUGUUGGUCAUGGAGUAUCUGUACAAGGGACGGUUGACAGUAAUGUGGUUUGUCAACGGUGUCCCAAUGGAACAUUCUCUGAUACGGUCUCCUACACGGACCGCUGUCGGCCUCAUACAGACUGUAAAGGGAGGGCUGUUAUCACAAAAGGUACUGCUACCUCAGACAACGAAUGUGAGGCUAUGGAAGCCAACAAAACCUCUACAAAAACCCCUCAUACUGAGAAUGUGUCUACAACUGCAAGUACAGUGAUGAGUGCAGUCUCAUACUCGAAGACUCUACAAGGGCCGACAAACUCCACACUGUCUAUCAGCACCCCUGUUCCAGAGGCAGGGUUCAACCAAACGACUCCACCAAGCACGGCAUCUGCCAAAACACUUGCUGCAGUCCUUCCCGCUGCUGUUGGAGUUAUGCUAAUUUGCAUUGCCAUCAUUCUGCUGUUCCGUUGUAGAAAACACUGGAUGAAAGAUGGUGCAGAUUUUCACCCUAAAGUUGAUGCAAAUGGAAAUUGUGAGACUGGUGUUAAAAUCAAUCCAGGUUAUUAUGAGCAAGCACAGCUGACUUCAUUCACAGAAACCUCCCCAGAACAGCAUUGUCUGCUGGUGAAAGGGGAAGCCUGCAGUGACCAGAGUCAGUCCAGUGGCAAUACUGAAGCUUCAACGAGAACAGACGGCUGCAGCAGCUAUGAGUCCAUCGGCCCUUUGCAGUCCACCGUUGCUCUUCGUGAUCCACACUGUGCUCUGUCUGAGCCCAUGCCUUUACUUUCAAACAUUGAUCCUGUUACUCCCCAGACCAGCAUCCCCACGCAGUACUCCUCUCAGCCCACCAGCCCACAGAUCAUCAACCCCCCGACCACCAGUCCCCAGUUCAAUGUCAACAUCAAUAUCCACAUAGGAAACGGGACUGGUGGGACAACUCCCGUCACGCCCACAGACUUGAUGCAGGUGGACUCUAAGCUCCCCUUUGGAGAGGAAGAGCAGUUCUUUAGCAUCCCGCAGCAAGAAGCCGGCAAACAAUCACUGACGUCAGUGCAGGAAAGUGACAGUUACAGUUCAUGAAGAGUCACCUGCAUGAAAGACUGAUGAAUUCAUUUGUUUUUGCUUUGUGUCAUGAUAUAACAUUGACAACAACCUGACUGGCCAGUAGAUGCACAUGUAGGUAAAGGACACGGACUUAAACCUUUAUUUUUCCAUAUGACAAGUCAUUGACUGGCUCUUUGUGUGUUUAUAUGUGUAUAUAUUGUGCUGUAAAUAAAGAUGUGAAUAUUGCCUUUCAUUUAGUCAUGCGGAACAAGUACAAACUGUUGCAAAUUAAAGACAUAAAUUAUGA